AUGACUUCGCGACCACCCGUGACCGGCCACAGUCACUCAUGGUUCGAGCAUAUUGCUGUCGCAACAGAUACUAAUGUUGAUAUUGUUGCUGUGCCGCCUAUCGGCGCCCAUCAUAGAAAGACAUGGAUAGCGCAUGGCGCGACAUCCUGGCUUGAUACUGAACUACUACGGCAUAUUCCUCGAGCGCGAGUCCUGCUGUAUAAAUAUGGAGACCUGCGUGACGAUAAAAUCGACACCUUGGGUGAACGACUGUUGAACCAACUACGUAGUGAGCGGAAACAUGAGUCGACGUCCCAUCUUUUCAUAUGCCAUAGCACCGGCGGUCUUGUUGUGAAAGCAGCCCUAGCCUUGGCAUCACGAGAGCCAAGCCAGUCGAUCUUAACCAGCUGUCAUGGCAUCGCGUUCUUUGCAACUCCCCACCAAGGCUCCACGUAUCUCUCCGCCGAUGAGUAUGCUGCCAGUAUUCGCCAUCUCCUCCACCUAGAACAUGAGACUCCUGCAGCGCUCAGGAAGCAAUUGCGUCCACGUCAAGAGCGGCUAUGGCAUCUGUCAAACCAGUUCAAGACCCUUUCGGCCGAUAUGAAGGUCUGGUCUUUUCUUGAAACUGUGGAUUCCACUAUGUGUGUAGUCGACGCUGAAACAAAUAAUGUACUCGAGUUCCAUGUUCCCAUCACUUCCAUUCGGUCGGGUUUGUUAGAUAUUGAGCAUGAACAGGAACUACCCAUGGCAACAGACCAUACGGGAACGGCAAGUUUCCAUGGCCAGGAGUCCACACGAGAUAGAUUUCUGCAGGAUCUCGAUGAUGCUGUUGACAUUGCAGUUGAAAUCUCAAAGCGCGAGGAUACGCCGUUGGGCGUAGAACAGAAAGUCAUGGUCCAAAUUAAUGGCUUCUUUGAGGAUACUGCACUGGGCCUCAGUGACGAAACUCCCCUUAAGCUGUGGUCGACCACAGUCUCCUUGGAAGACUACCUCUCUCGGGGCCCAUCGGUUUGCCUUCGGGAGAGACUUGGCCGAGUCCAGCCCAGUGGCGUGGACGAUUCGUCAAUCAGCAGUUUUGACAGUCCUCGGUCAUCAUACAUUGCUCCUGGCUCGGAUCCACAUGACCACCAUCAUGACCACCCUGACGAGAAGCCAAGGCCUCUUCGAGCUCCUCUACCCUACAGGCGAAGCUUCGAUGAUCCAUCCGGUCCGUCUCCGAAGAUCCAUAUCACCGAAGCAGAGAGGGAGGGCUACUUGAAUGACUCACGAAGUGACACCCCUCCGCCGGAGGAGCAGAAACGAAAGAGUUCACUCACCAAGGCGCUUGGCUUAAUUCCACUCAAGCGAUCUCAUCGUAGAAGUGCUUCUGACAGCAGCUCCCAGGGAAGUAUUGAACGGCCACCUUCAAGUUCUUCUACCUCUCAGCCAGUGCAAUCGCCAUUCCUGGCAAUACCCAAGUCUACUCGCGAUCGUAUCAACCAGAAUGCCGACAUACCGGAUAUACCGCGAGCAGUUCCGCGUUUCGAUCGGCCUGAAGCUGAUACUGAGAAACUGAUGUGGAUCCAUGUGCCGUACACGCAUACUGGUUGGGUAUCCCAAGUCAUCCGCCGAGCAUGUCAGGAUAGACAAGAGCCUAAUUUUGUUCGGAAAUUUAUCAACGACGAAAAUUGGUAUCUCCGGCUUAAUAGGGCUCGUCACCUCGAGCCUCAUGCACGUUUCGUCAAGCCCGCAUGCAUCCACUCAAGACAAAUGGAUAUCCCACAGAGCCCGUCUGAUGCUUCGGAGGAUCCUCAACUCGCUCUAUAUCUCCACUGGGAUACAUACCGCAACCUAAUCCAACGACGCAAAGUAGUCGAAGACCGACUAAACCAAGGCCGAUCGAGACCCGUCCCAGGCCGAAUCUCAAAAGCAAGCCUGGAAGCCCAACUCAUCUGGACCUAUCUCGGCUGCGAGCCCCCGGUUCAUUUCCGCCGAACACUCGAUCAAUACGGAUAUCCCAAUCUGCGGUCGACUAUCGCUCGUGACGACGACCAGAUGCUCUGGAAACGUACGCGCAGACCGGCACGCAUUGACGAACAGCUUAAAGAGUAUUUGCAAUCUGCACAUGAUGACCCCGAGAACGAGGAGAAUGUUGGAGAGUUUAUGGAUGGGAAUGUUCUGAUGGUUGAUCAGCUCUGGCUUUGGAUCCUUGACCAGAAGACUGUUGUUACUUUCUUUCCGAAUCAGGAGGCUACGACCUCUGAGGGAAAGCUUUUUGAACAGUCAAACUUGCAUAGUAGUAUUUAUAAUGAGUUGAAUGGGGAUCUCUCGCGUCGCUUCGAGACCGCUGGGGACUUGGCUGCUCUCAUUAUGCUGCAUGCUGUCACCGUGCUGCUGGACAAGACUCUGAAUCAUGAUCUGCAGGUAUUGCGCAUCUUUGAGGAGUCUAUCAGCAUAUUGACCGAAUCCGUCACCAAAUCCUUCAAGCGCUUCCGAAAUAGAGGCUUCACAAACCGCCCAGCGGAUCAUGACCGUACCUCAGACGGCAAGAUCAUGACUGCCGCCCAACAAGACUACAAAGAACUGCAGGUUGCUCGACGAAACCGGGAAGACCUCUCCGUCCUGCUUGAACUACGCGACAUCGAAGAUGAGCUAUCCACCAUUUUAAAGCUACUUGAGCAACAAGACGCCGUUAUUAACAGUAUGGUCAAAUACUUCGAUAACAGGGGGAUGCGGAUCGACGAGUAUCGUUCGCAAAUCAACGAUAUGAAAGAAAACAGCCAUCUGACACAGAAAGCAGUCGAAACUCUCCUUGAUCUCAAACAGAAACAGGCCAAUGUCGACGAAGCCAAAAUGACUCGCUGGCAAGCUGAAGUCGCUCAAACGCAGUCGCGAGCAGUGAUGGUCUUCACCAUAUUCAGUGUUGUGUUCCUCCCUCUAUCCUUCUUUACCUCCUUAUUUGGAAUCAAUGCCCGGGAAUGGAGCGGCGAACAGACAAACCCAACCCUAGGAGAAAUGUUCGAGAUCGCAGCCCCGGCUUCCUUUGCAAUUAUCUCUCUCUCGCUCUUCGUUGCUUUCAGUGAUACACUACGCGACAUCGUAUCGAAAACGCACAAGAUCGGCGUGGGAUUAUGGAAAGAAUUCAUCGUCCAUCCGGUUAAAUCGUACUUGUGGGAUUCUGCUACAAGUAGAAUGGAUGUUCAUGUUGUGCCUGAGGAUUCUGAACUUAGGAAACGCUUUGAUGAGUACCUGGGUUAUGGGAGGAGGAAUAUGCAGCGUGAUGAGGAUAUCUGGCAGCGGUGGCAGGGGGGUCCGAUUGCUGGGGUGAAGGGGGUUAAGAGGGAGAAGUCUCAGGUGAAGCCUGGAUUGAAUCGGAGAGGUCGUGGGGAGGUUUAG